UGCGCCGGCCGGCGGUAGGCGGCGAUCGCGGCCGGGGCGGGGCGGGGCGGGAGGCGGUCUCCAGCCGGCCGCGAGGAGCCGCGCCAUGGCCGCUGCCGCCCGCUGGUGCUACCGGGGGGACCCCCAGGAGGCCCAGAGCGCCCCGCUCGUUCAAUUUUCAAAUGGAAAACUGCAGAAUUCUGAAAACAUGGAUUUUACUUUAUACAAAAGCAAAGAUGCGAUUAAUCCCAGAAAGAAACACCAAAGAAUCUUGACUUUGGAGACAGACAGGCUUUCUUAUGUGGGAAAAAACUUCGGCUCAGGAGUCUUGAAAUGUAACUCCCUCUGCAGGUACUUUGUCGGUGUGUUAGAUAAGGACGCUGGACAAAUGGAAGUCUAUAAUGCUGAAUUAUUCAACAUGCAGCCGUUGUUGUCAGAUGAUUUAAUAGAUGACGACCUGUCAGAGUAUCAGAAUAAAUCCUACAGAGAGAAGGUGGAUUCGUGUAUUGAAGCCUUCGGCACCAACAAGCAGAAGCGAGCCCUGAACUCUCGAAGGAUGCACCAAGUUGGCAGUGAGACUUUAAAUGUGGCUGUGACAAAAGCAGCCGAAAACAUCAUAGAGACAAAAGGUGUUGCUGCUUUAGUCAGUGACGCUGCUCAGGAUGACGUGCAAGAUGUCUCCCUCUUCCUACCUCCCUGCCAGGAAGAUGCUGACAGACCAGAGAACGUCUACAGGUUUGAGGACAUCCUCUCCCCUGCCGAAUAUGAAGCGCUGCAGACUCCAGCGGCAGCUUUCGUUAGCAUUACUCCUGAGGCGAUCCUUAAGAAGACAGAAGAGAAAAGCCAUUGCUCCUUCGUUCUAGAAGAACUGAAGUCCAUGCCUCCAAGUGAGGACAGCUCGGACCAUAAGGCGCGGUGUCUGUGGUUUCUGGAUGCCCUCAUCAAGUUCAGUUUCCAGAAAGUGAUUAAGAAGAAACAUGCAAUGGGGCCCGACUGUCCACACAUCAUUAACAGCAAACUCAUGAAAAACUUCACAGCGCUGACGUACAACAAUGGCAGUAUCCAGAAUUUAAUCUCUGCUUCGAUGAAAGCUAAAAUUACAGCCUACGUCAUAGCCUUAGCCUUGCACAUUAACAACUUCCAAACAGACCUGACUGUGCUACAGAGGGACAUGAAACUCCGCGAGAACAGAAUACUGGAGAUCGCUAAAGCCAUGAGGCUGAAGAUCUCCAAAAGGAAGGGGCCGUCAGGACUCACGGACGAUGAAGACCACAAGUUGGCCACCCUCUCUCUGCCCUUACCUGUGUACAAGCCGUCAGGGAGCCAGCGGAAGCGCAAGAAGAUGAAAUAAAGGAAUACUGUGCACAUCUCACUGAGGAGAACACUGGCUGAAAGGACAGGGAAGGAGCCUCUGCAAGAACAAAGCUGAUGCCAGUUCCCUGAUCCCACUUGAAAUCUGAGCUCCUAGAAGGGCUAUUUUGCCAGACAGUGGAACUGGACAAGGCUGAUACUAAUAAUGGGUUUGGCUUACGUUCAUCUCUGUAAUCAGUCCUUUUUGAAAAUAAACCAAAACCCUCUCCUCCUUUCUACACA